CUCCUUUGCUUUUUUUGUUUGAUCAUAUAUAUUAUUAUUAUUCUAUCAUGACUAAUAAAGUAGACAUCAAGAAACGCAAACGAACCGACAAUGCGACUACAAAGAAGCAAACUGUAGAAAAGAAAGCCAAAAAGGUCACCAAAGAAGAAAAAUCUAUGCAAGACGAUAAUGAAGUGAACGAUUCCGUUGAAGAUCAACAACAACAAGAGGAAGAAAUCUCGACUACCACUUCUACUGAAACAAAAGAAACAGGAUACAAUCCAGAACAACCUGUCAAUUUGGAUUUCGCCAGUCUGGAUGUAUGUGACAAAACCAAGCAAGGUAUCAAGGAUAUGGGUUUUACAACAAUGACAGAAGUACAAGGUCGUACCAUUCCUCCUCUCAUGGCUGGCCGUGAUGUUUUAGGUGCUGCAAAGACUGGUUCUGGAAAGACCUUGGCUUUCUUGAUUCCUGCCAUUGAAAUGUUAUAUCGAUUAAAGUUUAAGCCAAGAAAUGGUACUGGUGUGAUUAUUGUAUCACCUACUCGUGAACUUGCUCUCCAAAUCUUUGGUGUUGCUAAAGAAUUAUUGAAAUACCAUCAACAUACUUUUGGUAUUGUUAUUGGUGGAGCCAACCGUCGUGCUGAAGCUGAAAAGUUGGUCAAAGGUGUCAAUCUUUUAGUGGCUACUCCUGGAAGAUUAUUGGAUCAUUUGCAGAAUACUCGAGGUUUUGUUUUCAAGAAUUUGAAGGCUUUGGUGAUUGAUGAAGCUGAUCGUAUUUUGGAAAUUGGUUUCGAAGAAGAAAUGGCUCAAAUUAUCAAAAUUCUUCCCAGAGAACGUCAAACAAUGUUGUUCUCAGCUACACAAACUACCAAGGUAUCCGAUCUUGCAAGAAUCUCUUUGAAGAAAGGACCUCUUUAUAUCAAUGUGGACGAACGCAAGGAUACAUCAACAGCUGAAGGAUUAGAACAAGGUUAUGUGGUAUGUGAAUCUGACAAGCGAUUCUUGCUUUUGUUUACCUUUUUGCGCAAGAAUUUGAAGAAAAAGGUGAUUGUGUUUUUCUCCAGUUGCAAUUCCGUCAAAUAUCAUGCUGAAUUGAUGAAUUAUAUUGAUGUACCCGUGCUGGAACUUCAUGGCAAACAAAAACAACAAAAACGAACAACCACCUUCUUUGAAUUCUGUAAUGCUGAAAAGGGUAUCUUAUUAUGUACAGACGUAGCAGCUCGUGGUUUAGAUAUUCCUUCUGUUGAUUGGAUUGUACAAUUCGACCCUCCAGAUGAUCCUCGUGAUUACAUUCAUCGUGUUGGACGAACAGCUCGUGGUGGUGGCAAAGGUAAGAGUUUACUCUUCUUAUUACCUAGUGAAUUGGGUUUCCUUCGUUAUCUCAAGCAUGCCAAGGUCCCAUUGAACGAAUAUCAAUUCCCAACCAACAAGAUUGCCAAUGUACAAAGUCAACUGGAAAAACUUGUGGAAAAGAACUAUUAUCUUCAUCAAUCUGCUCGUGAUGGUUAUCGAUCUUACUUGCAAUCCUAUGCAUCCUUUGGUUUGAAGAAAAUCUUUGAUGUCAACAGUUUGGAUCUUACCAAGGUGGCCAAAUCGUUUGGUUUUAGUGUCCCCCCUAGAGUUAAUUUAGCUAUCCAAAGCUCAAAAUAGAUUAUUAUUAUUAUUAUUUUAUACAUAUAUAUAUUCUUUUCACAUCUUUUUUCAUUCCCUGUCCUUGUAUCACUUCAUUUGUCAUCUUUCACUUCAUUCAAUUUUAUUAUUUUUAUUUUUAUUAUAUUACUGCAAUAAACAAUUGAGAUUACUUUUUUUUUU